ACAUGAAGGAAACAGUGGUAUGGGAGGAAACUGAGGAGGAGGAAAAACAUGAAGAAUGGAGACUUGUACAGGAAUGGGCGUUCUUCCAUGGAUGCAUAAGUCUGCUCUACCCUUUUCUUCUCUGGUCUGACUCAUCUUCCACACUGGUGCAGUCUGCCUGUGUGCAUUUUCCAGCACACACACACACGUGCGUGCAGGCGCUGACACGUUAACAGAGGGAGCUCCGCCUCCUCUGCAGUGUAGCGACAGCUAGAGAGGGGCAGCAAUGGAGGAGCCAGCAGUACAGCAGGAAAAAAUAGAGGGAUCGUGGGAAGGAGGGCAUGAUGAAGGAAAAGCAGACUGGAAAAACGAAUGCUCUCUCUCAUCCCUCCUUAAACAUUCCUGUCUUCUUUGCUGGUCAUCUCCCAGGGACACCGACAUCACGGAGACUGAUGAGAGAAUCCUUGCCAAGACGGCCGAGAUCAGAGUAAGAAGACCACAGCACCUAGCACUGGAGCUGGAGAGCGCAGUGGCAGUGGAAAACUUGGAACUUCAGGAGCAGAGGUCAGACCGCAAAGAGCUGGAGGAGACCCUAGUUAAAUUAGAGAAACACAAAGAGAAACUGAUACAGCAAAUAAAGGCAACCAGACAGCUCUGCUAUGAAGAAAGUCAGCAGAUCCUGUCUCUGCAGGCAGAGGAGGCACAGAAGGAGAGCCAAGUGGAAGAGUAUGAGAGGGAGCUUUCCAGAGCCAGAUGGAGGCUGAGGAAGCUAAGAGAAGAGGUGAAACAGGCCAAGAGGAAAGUGGAAGAGGCUGGAGAGCGGAACAGUCCUCUACAAGACUCAAUCAGACAGUCUUAUGAAGAGAUCCUGCAGGAGGAGCACACGCUGUAUUCUCUGUCAGGAGGUGCAGUCACUCCAGAAAGCCAUCUGGAUGAAUCAGCUUCUCCUGCAGACACCACUGAAGAUAAUCUGCCUUCUCUGAGGCCAUGGGGAAGGAGCCAAUCACUGCCUGCCUAUGCUGACCUCAUAAUGGGGGGCAGUGGUUCACCUUUCUGCAAUAAUCUAGUCGGUACCAGAGAAGAAGAUGACAGUGGGACCAGCUCACCAAAGAUGGAUAGGUCUGACAUAGAGGAUGGCCUGGAGGAAGGGGAGCUCAACAACGAAGGGGAAAACGAAAGAGACCAGGAAGAGUUCACUAUGAACCCCAACCCUCUCAGCCAGCUGGACUUCUACCAAGCCAACCCCUUCGCCCGCUGUCAGUGUGACCAUGACCUCUUCAAUGAAGACCUAUUCCUUAAAACAGACUCAUCUGAUGGCUUUGGUUCUGACCCUUUCAAAGGCAGCGACCCCUUCGCAGCAGAUAUUUUGUUUCCAUUGACGAAUACUGUCACUGGUGAGGGCACAGGAAAUGCCGGUGACGAAGCAGACACCAGUCUGUCUUGUGUUGAAAACAAAGCUUCAACGGGAACUCAGUGCUUUGAGUCAGAAUUCCCAGAUGAAGACAGUGACAUAGAGAUUAGCUACAGUCGAGAGGACCUGGACACCAUUGCUAUGGUAGAUGAUUCUCAUGGAUUUAAACCCAUUCAGAGUUCGUCAGAAGAGCUGGGGCCAGAGCCUAUCCGAGGCUGGCGUUCCCAGGGACAGUAUUCUGUAGAAUCGGACCCUAAUGGGUAUGAGCUUGAUCUUGGUGCUGUCUCCCCACCCUCCGACAUAGAAGAACAUAGUCUGGGAUCUCUGGCUGGAGAGGCUAUUACUCAGUCAUCAGCAGGAUUAGAGCAAGGUGAGUGUCUUGGUUUGACUCAAGCUGUUGGCGAACCUGUCCUGUUGGAGCCAGGUUGGACAGGCAACAGAGAGGAAACUUUGCCCCGUGAUGUCACUUACAGUCAGCAAACAGAACAGGUUAGGAACAUCAAAGAAGAAAUCCAAAUCCCUGCUGUUCCACAGAACUUGUCCCAGAACAUUUUCACUCAGCCUGACUCACAUCAGAACAGCCUUGAGUUGAACUAUGAACCAACCAGUCAGUCUUCCUUUGACCCAUAUGGCUUUAAACUCAGCCCAGAGCAUUCCAGUCACACUCUUUUAGACCCUGAUGAAGAUGAGUUGAGUCCAGAACCUGCUGAUGAUGAUCUGACCUUUGACCCUGAACCCUGCUCUUCUCAACAUCAGCUGAACUUUGAUGCCUAUGGGUUUGACAUUACCUCCUCCCAGAUGAUACGGGACUUUGACCCUUAUGGCUUUAAGCUAAGCCCUCAAGAAGAGAACCAGGAAGUAUUGGACCCCUGUGGCCAUGACAACCAUGAUGCAAUAGACCUUUGUACCUAUGACAACAAUGAGCAAAGAAAGCUCUCAAGCUAUAAUAACCCAGAAAUACUGAAACCUCAUACCCAUGAAAACCAAGAAGUGCUUGAAAAUGAUAGCCACAAUAACCAGGAAUUUCUAGAUUUGUGUAAUAAUGGAAACCAAGAAGUGCUGGAACCAUCUAGCCUCGAAAACAGGGAGGUGGUUAACCAUAAAAACCAAGUCCUGGAACUCUGUAGUCACAACAAUCAAGAAGUUGUGGACCUCUGUCGGAAUAAUAGCAGUGAGCAAUUACUUGAACCUUGUGACUGUCAUAACCAAGAAGUGCUGGAACCUCAUAGCUUUGGCAGUCAGGACGUCCUGGACUUCUCCUAUCCUAAAAAUCAGGAAGUGUUAGAUUUAGAUAGCCAUGGUAACCAAGAAGUUUUGGAUUUUAAUAGCAAGGAAAACCAGGGCGUGCUAGUUUCAGGUAGCUACAAUAAGCAGGAACUUCAGGAAAAUCAGGAGUUACCUGACCAGGAGGGAUUGGACUUGUUGAGUACAGACAUUUUGCCUGAAGCAAACAACAACCAGUGCAUUCUGGAACCAGAACAGGAUGUCAGUUCCGUUAAUGACAGCUCAGACAGUGAUGUGGCAUCCGAAAAUAUGCUGGGACUGCAGCUCAGUAACCCCAGUAUCUGCACCUCGAAUACCACAAAUACUAGUACUGCUGAUACUUUAAACAUGGCCAUCAGUAGCAUGUCUGCCAGCCAGGACCUUAAUUCGUCUGCUGCCCUGAUCCACCACAACCUUUUAGAAGGUGAUCUGGGUUCAGUGUUUGGGGCUGGAGGAUACAUUGGAUGUCCUGAUGUAGCUGAUGACCUAGAGCCAUUGCAGAGAAGGCAGACAAACCCAGUACCAGAGCCGGUACGACCAGUUAGGCCUCCUCGACCAUCUCUCGGGGCCAAGGACAAGGCCCAGUCCCAGACUCAGGUCAUCGAUUUAAAGUGAUCUCUCACCAUGAAACAUUCAAGUGAGGUUUACUGUGUCACCAUGGUUCCUGUGAUGACAACGAGGCAAGAAGUGAAGAUGAUAAGGAAUAAAGUAAGACAAAGGGAAAUGCAAUGGAGGAAAAAUGGCUAAAGAGCAAGAGCUCAUUCUGUUGUUAAUUAUCACAGUAAAUUAGUUCAGGUUAAUCAGAGGAGAAACAAUGGAAGGCAAGAUGAAAAAACUACCAAGAACCAAAUGAUAAAAAAGAUUUCCUGGUUGUUAUAUUAAGAAACAUGAUUUUAUCCAGUUUAUUUAUUUACAUCUGUCAAGGUUGCAAAAGACUGUCUGACCUACUAUCUUGUCUUUUUAUGAUUUGAUGAACUUAAGAAGAUUUUGACAGACCUGACUGGUCUGAAGUGAAAAUAAUGUCCAUGUUUGUGAUGUGACAUACAGUAAAUAUUAGGACAUAUGUUACAAGACUUCAAAUAGAUAAACUGUAUAUAAAUGAUACAAUGUAACCUGCUGUUGUGGUUUUGAGAUUAUCUAUUCAAUUAGUAGUUUAGAUCUAAGUUGCAUAUGAACUGUAGAGAGUUUAUAGUCGGAUUUACCAAUGAGUGCAUAGCCACGCUCACAACAGUGUUUUCACACAUCAUUUAAGAGUGCUCCUUAAAGAGAAGCAGUGGUUCACUGCCAUUCGAGGCUGGAUUCUUCAGUUUCACCAGUGACAAAGCAUGGCUGAUGGCUGUGGUCAGGUGUGUGCUUUGUUACAUGUGUAGCAGGCUCAGUAGUGAUGUUGGAGUCUUGUGAUGUGAACCUGUGCAUCACUGCUGCAAGUCAAGGGUGAGUAAAACUAUAUUUUUAGUUAGUUUUAAGUUCCUGUUUAAAGUGCGAUGCCACCCAUGUUUGUAAUUGGACUGUAACUGAAAAGAUGGCCACUUCAUUCUUUGUCCCAAUUUCAUACUGUACACUAAUGCUGAAAAUAAAAACUAUGCAGUGAUUUUGGUUGUGUACUGUUAGUUAGGUAGUUAGAGACGUAACUACCUAACCAACAGCGCAGGCUGUCAAUUUUUUCUUUUGUUUGGUAGCAACAAACAAACAACAGCAAAGCUGUGUCCACCCAGGAAAUGUGGGUGAGCAAUGAAAGUCAGCGACGUUCUCUGACUUAAAGUGGCGAUGGGCAAAAAGCCCAGGAUGAACUUUUCUCAUGUUGGAGGCCACUGAAGUGACUGACAUUGGACAGGGUUGUAAAUACAUGAGGUCACCUAGGCAACCACAGCCUGGAAUGUUUACUAGCGAUCAGAUCUCAGCUUCAAAGCGAUGCAUGAAUGAAGCGCUGGGGUGGGGACACAACACCAAAAUACAGAUAGUCACAUCUGAGUGGAAGAGCAGCGAUGUGGAAAGACUAUUGCCUUCUACCAUUGUCAUCAGUAGUAAUUUAAAGACACCAAUACAGAAGUACUGUAUGUAACUUUAAGAAAGCAGUGUUUCUGUCCAGCAGUGAAUAGAGACAAGUUUCUUUGUAAGCUUUAAAAAGAAUACCUAUUUUCUUUAUUACACAUAUUUAACUUGUGUCAUGAAAAACAAACUGCACAAUAUAUACAGUGAUCUUUUUUUAGACUCAAAUGUUACUGCUAAUAAAUCCCCUGUUAGUACUCAUCUUUUGAUAGCACUGCCAGUGAAACUUUAUGAAGUAAUUAAGAUAUGUUUUCAUUUGAGAAUGGCGCACACAAAGUUGAGCAGAUUUACAGUGGUAAGCAUACUGACAGUUCUGAGCAUUUCAUUGGUGUAAACACCUGCUUAGAAAUGGUCUGAAGCGUGGAACCAGGACACAGCGAGGGUAAAUGUGGAGUGGGUCUGGCACUGGUGCCGCUGUUACGCUGCCCAUCCGGCAGUAUCAGACCUGAUAGGCCAGCAAGAAAAGUCCGUUCCAACAAGUUUACUGUGAUCAGACUAAAGUAGUCAGAACCAACAGUGACGCCACAGCCAGAGUACAAAACAGAAAUCCUUGAGCUGAUCAUUUUCUGUAGGUUCAUCACUCCCAGAGACCUCUUUGACACUGUUAUAUCAUUUUCAGGUUAUAAUUAGAUAUCUAAUUAUAUAUAAAACACUGUUAUUCCUUUUGAUUGUACCCACACAAGGUCACACACACAAAUGCUUUUUAACAAGUACAUGAUAUUUACUGGUAUGGUAGCAGAGCAUCAGUGUAACCUGUUCAGAAAUGGCACAUAGCGCUUUAUUCCUCUGAGCACCCAAAGCCUGUUCUACUGCAAGCAUCAUUUAACCAAUCGCACUCACAUUCACGCAAGCAUUUUUUUUCUACACCUAAGAGCUUUUCUCUAACAGUCACAUGCACAUGGACCUUGGGGUUCAGUGUUUUGCUCAAUGUUAUUUCAACUUGCAGACUGGAGGAUGAAAUCAUCAGUCUACCUCCUGAGCCAACCUGAAGUACAAUACCAAUUCCAAAAAGUUUGCAUGCUGUGUAAAAUUUAAAAUAAAACAGAAUUCACGGAUUCGCUCAGUGUUUAAACUGAGAAAACAUAUCAUUUUAAGAGAAAUAUUUAAUAUCUGAAUUUGAUGGCAGCAGCACAUCUCAGAAACAGUCAUGCUUCCCACUCUGUAGACUUUGGGAGAGGAAAGCUGUCCCAUUCUUGUCUGAUAGAGAUAUUUUUCACUUUAUGAUGCUCCACCAGCUGGUAAAAGCAAGGACUCUUCUACUAUUAAGGCUUUCCCUGAAACACAUGUCAUCUGGAUGGGCGUAUAUGCUGCUCUAAAACUGCCAACUCCAGAAGCACUAAUGCACUGCCACACCGUCAGAAAUACAGGUUUUUGAACUGAGCACUGACAGCAAGUCGGAUAGUCUAGAGGACACAGUGUCCAUGUUUUGCAAUUUCGAAUUAAAAUUUCUUCACUUUGCUUCAGUCCAUUUUAAAUGAGCUGUGGUCCAGAGAUGAUGGCACUGUGGUGUGUGUGGACAACACAGUGAGCUGUGUUCACAGACAGUGAUGUCUGGAAGUGUUCCUAAGCCCAUGCACUGAUUUCAUAACAGAAUCGUGUCUGCUUGAGGACCUAAAGAUCAGCUGCAUCUAAUGUUGAUUUUCAGCCUGGUCCCUCAUGCACAGAGAUUUCUCAAGAUUCUCUGAAUCUUCUGAACUUAUGACUUUGGAUGAUGAGAUAUUCACAGUCUUUGCAACUAUUUGUUGAGGAACAUUAUUCUGAAAUUGUUCUACAAUUUUGUAGAAGCACUUUUUUGCAGAUCUCUCUCUCUAAGAUGUUCUUUUUUUUACCCAGUCCUGUUACUGACCUGUCAUCAGUUAGCCUAAUUACGUAUAAAAUGUUUCUUUUUUGUGUCACUUACAUUUUCAGUCUUUUGCUGCCCCAUCCCGGCUUCUUUGAAACAUGCUGCUGCCAUCAAAUUCAAACUGAUUGUUUUUACAUGGUAGUAUAAAUAUCGUGAGUAUAUUAUUAUAUUAUAUUAUAUUAUUACAUGGGACACUCAGCAGGCACUGAUUGAACCUUUCAGUUCACACAAAGCUUCAGUUCAGCCUACCUCACUCUUUUACCAUGAUUUCAUGACAGCAGCUAGAACUAUUACAAGCAAGUAUUCAGUGACUUUCAUAUUUGUAGAUAUGUACAUGAACUCGCAUUUUCUUUUGACUGUACAAUGGUACACAUGAUAUAGCAAAGACAUUAAAGUGAAGUCCCACAUUUUACCUGCUUCAAACGAGAUGCUUCCACUGAAUAAUUAGAAUGGUUCCAUUGAAAAUGGAAGAAAACACAAGCUGGUUCACGAGUUAACAUCAAGGGUCUAAUAAUUUUAAACAGAACCAGUUAAAGAACCAGAGCUAAUUUAAUAUAAAAGAGUCAGUGAGACAGAUCAGACCCUGAAGACCAGCAAUUGUCACCCUUACCAAAGUGCUUACUUCCAGUUAAAAGAUUAUUGACGUGUCCAAAAAGGUUGAUUCUGUUCACCUGAACGUGGCGUUUUCAGUGGGAGAAAUAUUUCGUCACUCAUCCAGGUGACUUCUUCAGUCUCAGCUGACUGCAGGUUUCCCCAAUCUUAUAAACAGUACAUUUGCACAAUGAGUGAAACUAGCACUACUGAAUUAACAGUGGGCUGGGAGAUGAGUUCCUGGAUCAUUAAUAUGCAAAUUGUCAUGACCAUUUUUCAAAGCCCACUGAUCAAUGGCCAUGAGUACCAUUCACAGAGAGUUGGGGAAUGGCAUGCAUCAAGACAUUAUUGAUGUGCGUUUUGCAGUUUUCCUAUGCAUUUUGGUCUUUUGUCAACAUGGAAACCAUGUGGGUGCAGUGUAAUGUGAGGGUACACACCUUUACAGGAUAUUUAGAUCUAAUGUGUGUUUCUGUAUCAUUUAGUAUCAAGUUAUUGGCAAAAUCUAAACCGUGUUUGACAAAUCUACGGUUCACUAGCGUGAAUCACAACACUUCAUAUACAAGCACAGUGCUCCCAAUAUUCUCUUAGACAACUUCUGAGGCUGUCACAGGACAGUUGUGGAGCUGUUUUGCAAAGAAGAAUGGGCAUGAAUUUCAGUCUCUAGAUGUGCAAAGCUGGUAGAGACAUACCCUAAAAGACUGGCAGCUGGAAUUGCAGCAAAAGGUGGUUCUACA